UCCUUUCGUAGGAGGUCUACCUAAUUAUCAUGUAAACGAUCGUAUAGGAUUAUUAUCGAUUAGACAAUUUUAGCCCAAAUAGCUCCAUCGUCACGAAGAAUCUGACCAAACUAUUGAUUCAAUCGAUCAUCCUAAUCAGAGACAUCUCCGAGUUCGCAGUUCGAACUGUCUGAACCUGCUCGUCUUCAUCAUCAGCCGCUCAUUCACACAUUCGAUCCGCCCAAUUCGGAUCCCCAUUUUAUCGUCACACAAGUUUAGCUUAGAUCUUUGGCAAGAUGUCAGGCCAAAGCCGCCUCAAUGUAGUACCCACUGUCACAAUGCUUGGGGCAAUGAAGGCCCGCCUUGUUGGUGCUACAAGAGGUCAUGCUCUUCUCAAGAAGAAGAGUGAUGCUUUAACUAUGCAGUUUCGUCAGAUUCUCAAGAAGAUUGUUUCGACAAAGGAGUCCAUGGGAGACGUCAUGAAAACAUCCUCCUUUGCCCUAACUGAAGCUAAAUAUGUUGCUGGUGAGAACAUCAAGCACACUGUCCUUGAGAAUGUCCAGAAUGCAUCCCUCAAAGUUCGAUCCCGGCAAGAGAAUAUUGCAGGUGUGAAGCUCCCCAAGUUUGAGUAUUUCACUGAAGGUGAGACAAAGAAUGCUCUGACUGGAUUAGCAAGAGGUGGUCAGCAGGUGCAAGCUUGUCGUGCUGCUUAUGUGAAAGCCAUCGAGGUUCUUGUUGAUCUUGCUUCUCUCCAGACAUCAUUCCUGACACUUGAUGAGGCGAUCAAAACCACAAAUCGCAGGGUCAAUGCCCUGGAAAAUGUUGUGAAGCCAAGGAUAGAAAACACAAUAAGUUACAUAAAGGCGGAACUUGAUGAGCUUGAAAGGGAAGAUUUCUUCAGGCUGAAGAAAAUUCAAGGAUUCAAAAAGAGGGAGGUUGAGAGACAGAUGGCAUCUGCCAAGCAGUUUGCGGAGGCGCAGAUCGCAGAGAAAGUUUCUUUGCAGAAAGGUAUUUCACUUGUUUCAGCGCAUAACAUGUUGUCUGAUGCCUCGCAGAAAGAUGAAGACAUAAUUUUCUGAUGUGGAGGUGAGUUUAUUUUGUUUUCUGCUGUGUUGUGUGGCUUCGACUCUGCUGCUUGUUUUAUAAUGGAGAAAUUCCUAUAUCUAAUUAGAUGGAUAAGCUAUGCAGAAAGACAGAGGACAUAAUUUUCUGAUGUGGAGGUGAGUUUAUUUGUUAUCUGCUGUGCUGUGUGGCUUCGACUCUGCUGCUUGUUUAAUGAUGGAGGUAAUCCUAUAUCUAAUUUACAUGGACAAGUUAUGUGUUGGGAGUAAAAGCUUCAUGUACAUGCCUAGUUUAUUGGAUUAAAUUAUGACCAGAAUUAUCCAUCUCAUGGUUUCAAUAAUAUAUUUUGCUUGGAAGUGUGUGGUUUAUUGUUACAA